CGGAAAUCGGUAGAAAGGUAGGCUUGAUAGGAAAAGCAGCUUUAAAUUAUGGGAAAUAUUAAAUGAUUUGUAAGCAGAUAAACAAGCAAAUUGUAAACAAGGUGUAGUGUAGAAGUAGAAGAAGGGUUUUGGGGAUCAUGGAGGAUGAUGCGCCGGUUAUUUAUGGCCUUGAGUUUCAGUGCCGUGCUUUGACCGCUCAGACGGCUGAAACCGAUGCCAUAAGGUUUCUCGUGGGCACACAGUCGUUCAAAUUUGAUAAUCAGAUCCACAUCAUUGACUUUGAUGAUGAGAACAAUAUCAUUAAUAAGAAUGUGCUUCUGCAUCAUGCUGGUGAGAUAUGGCACAUCGGCGCCAGCCCUGCUGACAGAGGAGUGCUGACCACGUGUUAUAACAAGAUCUCAGACAGCCGUGUGUUAACGUGCGCAGCGGUGUGGAGGAUGCCCCCGGAAUGGGAAUCAGGCAGCCACGAUUCCCCCGACGAUUCAGCUCACAGCCCACAGGCCCUGCAGCUCCUCUGUCACCUUGACAACACGGCCCACGGCAAUGUGGCCUGCGUCUUAUGGGAGCCGAUGGGCGAUGGCAAGCGUGUGAUCUCUCUGGCUGAAAGCCACAUUGUGCUCUGGGACCUUCAGGAGAGCUCCACAAAGGCCACGAUCUCCAGCAGCGCCACCUUGGAAGGCAAAGGGCAGCUGAAAUUCACCUCAGGAAAAUGGAGCCCCCACCACAACAGCACCCAGCUGGCCACCGCCAACGACACGGCCAUUCGAGGAUGGGACCUUCGCAGCAUGAGUCAGAUCUACUGCAUUGAAAAUGCCCACGGGCAGUUGGUGCGAGACUUGGACUUCAAUCCCAACAAGCAGUACUACCUGGCCAGCUGCGGGGACGACUGUAAGGUCAAAUUCUGGGAUGUGAGGCACAUCAACGAACCUGUCAAAACCCUGGAGGAGCACUCCCACUGGGUGUGGAGCGUGAGGUAUAACCACUCCCAUGACCAGCUGCUGCUUACAGCCAGCAGUGACAGCCGAGUGAUCCUGUCCAACAUGGUUUCCAUUUCGUCUGAGCCCUUUGGCCACCUUGUAGAUGACGACGACCUCAGUGACAGUGAGGAGAAUCAUCAUGAGGAAAAGAACAAAGAGCCACUCCAGGACAGCAUCAUUGCUACAUAUGAGGAGCACGAGGACAGCGUGUACGCGGCAGAGUGGUCUUCAGCCGAUCCCUGGCUCUUUGCUUCACUCAGUUACGAUGGGAGGCUGGUGAUUAACAGAGUGCCCAGGGCUCUGAAAUACCGCAUCUUACUGUAGCAUGACUAAAGCGACAGAACUUAAAAUCCACAUGAAUCCACAUGGCUUGAGGGUCAUUUGCGCUGCGUUCAACUCAAGUUUGGAACUUGUCAUUUCCAACCUCCGACAAGGAAAAAACAAAGAAAACGCCGCUGAGCUUGGAAUUCCUACUUGGAAAGUCGGGAAGGUGUCCUCAGCCCUGAGUUCAGCACAUGACGUCAGAUCAAUGUUCCCGUCCAUCCUGUCAACAGUAAAUAAAAUAUCACUUCACUACUAAA